AUGGACUUUGAUCUCAAAAAGAGAAAAUUGGAAUUCGAUUUCAAUCAACUGCUUGUGUUGAACUUGAUUGAAAUCAAUCUAGGAAAGGGAGAUGCUGCCAAAAUUGGAGCAUCCAGUGGUUUGGGAUCCGAAAGCAAUGUAGAGAAUGUCAAGAAAGGACGACAGGCAUUCUUCAACUGGAUCUGUGCCGAUGCACAAAUUGCCACAGCACGAGGUGGUGGUGGUGGAUUGGCGCUCUGGAAGCGUGUCGAUUGA